AUGGAAGAUCAAGGUCCAAAAGAAGAACAUAUUACAGUCGCUGUAAGGAUAAGGCCUUUUGUACCAAGAGAACUUGCUAAUGGGAUCUCAUCAGCAUGGGAGCUCCCAGGACCGACUUCCAUAAAAGAAGUUACUGGCCAGCGUUUUUUUGUGUAUGACCGUGUAUAUGAGCAACAUGUCUCGACUGAAAAAAUCUUUGAUGAGCAAUGUGAAAAAAUCAUAUGAAAGCUUAUGGAAGGGUUUAAUGGGUGCAUUUUUUGCUAUGGGCAGACUGGGAGUGGAAAAACAUUUACAAUGCAUGGAUCAAGGAAAACCCAGCCUGGGUUUGUCCCACUUACUAUUGAUACGAUUUUUGCUUAUAUUCAGCAAACUCCUGAUAAAGAAUUUUUAAUAAGAUGCUCUUAUUUGGAAAUUUAUUGUGAUUUAGAUUGAAAUAUCUUUAAAAUAUAAAAUUAUGAACAAUAGGCAAUGCUUAAGUUAAUAUCAAUUUUAUGAGUAAUAUAAUGAAAAUAUCAAUGAUCUAUUGAACCCAAAUGGCUUAAACCUGCAGGUACAAGAAGACAAAAAGGUAGCCUCUAUUAUAGAACGGUAUCAAAAUUGUGGGAGCUACUGAAGAAGUUUGCAGCUCCAUAAACCAAGUGAAUUCGCUGCUUUAUCUAGGAGAAACACAUAAACAGUUUGCAAGCACUGAGUUCAAUUCAAGAAGCUCAAGAUCUCAUUGCAUGUAACAAAAAUUCAGAUUUCGAAUAAUCGUGGAGUCUAAAAGUCGAGAUCCGAGGCUAAAGAAUCUUAACAUGGCUACAUUAAAUCUUAUUGAUUUAGCUGGAAGCGAAAGUGCUGCUGUUCAUGGACCCACAGCUUCUUUGAACCGUACAAGAGAAAUGAAAUACAUUAACAGGGUAAUUUAUAUAUAGAGUUUACUUACACUAGCCACUGUCAUCAUGAGGCUCAGUGAUAAAGCAAACUCAAUUCCAGUCCCUUAUCGAGAUAGCAAACUAACCAGGCUUCUUAGGCCAGCCUUAGAGGGCGAAUCAAAAGUUGUCAUUAUCUGCAAUAUAUCACCAAGCAUUGACUCUUAUGAUGAAACUUUAUCAACAUUAAAAUUCGCCCAAAGAGCUAAAAAAAUCAAACAGACUAUCAAAAAAAAUGUCGUCCGUGACAGCAAAGCCUUGAUCAUGAAAUAUGAAGCAGAAAUUGAGAAACUCCAAGAAAAGCUGACCCCCCAUUUAAUUGGAACAAAAUAUACGUAACAUUUCAUUUUUUUUAGCCUAAGCCUUUAAUAAAAACAAAAUUAGAAAAUUUUAUAGUUGAAAAUACUAAAUUUAAUAAAGUUAGUUUUAGACCUAAUUUAAUGUAAAAAGUGCAAGUAGCAUGCUAUUUAAACAGUUUUCACACUGAAUCGAUUAAUUUUUAAAUCAAUUCUUCAUUUUUAGAAUUUUUUUUAAAAAAUAUUAACUUCUCUUUAAAUUGGAACAGGACUUUUUUGUUCUAAUUUAAAGAUGGGACAGUGAGAGAAAUGGAAUCAAAAUUCAAAGAUGAAGCAGAAAAUCAGUCAUUAAAAGACGAAAUCUGGAAAAUGUCAGAAAAGCUUAUGAUGAUACAAGAUGAAAAAGAAAUGCUCGAUGCCAAGCUCGAGACAACUUUUAAAGAGAAAUUGCAGCUGCAGUCAGAAUUAGAACGAUUGCGAGCUAUGAUUUUGGUAUCUGAAAAUAUUAACAAAGCAGAUAUUUUGGAAGAUGAAUUUGUGGGUGCAGAUAAGAAAAAUCAAGAAAGAAGAAGACUGAGGCUGAGCAUUAUGAGAGAUGGGCCACUUACUUUUGAAGAAAAAGAAGCAGUAGUGCAUGAAAUCCAGCAUGAAGAAGAAAAAAGAAACCAUACAGUUCUAGCAGAUAUGAAAGCCCCUGAGGUGGAUUUGCAUUCUCUUUCAAGAAGAGAGACAAAUUUAUUGGAUGGAGUUGAGAGAAUCCCUGAGAUUUUAGAGAAGCAAGAAGAAAUACCUGUAAAUAGGUUUUCAAUUAUGAUAUCAGACAAUGACCCUAAACUCGUAAAACUGCGAGAAGUUGCAAAGCAAGCUGAUGAAGGCGUAUUAACUGGACCAAGUCGUGCUGAUCUGUUAUUGGUGAUUGAAGAACAAGAUAAGCUUAAUUCAAGGCUGCAGGGUCAGCUGGAAGAAAAGGAUCAACAAAUUUCGAUCCUUAAAGAUGAGUUGCAGCUAUGUAGGAACAACUUAAUAUCAAUGCAGAAACAGCUUAAAGAAUACAAAAAAAAGGAAAUGUUAAAUUAA